AUGGCCGACGCGUUCGCGGACGAAGUGGAGCCGACGAUGACGAUCAAUGAGUACAUCGAGGGCCUCGAGGCGGAGGAGCUGGUAGCCAUCAUCCGCCCCGCCGGUUCUUAAUUUGGUGAUGUGCUGCUAUCGAUUUCCCCCAAUUUAGCUGAACUGAACUUCUGAUUGUUGGGGAUUGAAGGAAGCUGAUCUGGUUCUCGGAGGGGAUGAGGGAAAGGAUUGCACCUAUCCGAACGGCUACAUGAAGAGGCAAGCAGUGUUCUCAUGCCUGACGUGUGUUCCCGACGGCAGCGCCGGCGUAUGCACCGCCUGUAGUCUAUCCUGUCAUGACGGCCACGAGGUAUAAACCAUAUUCCUCCUCGUUCUUCUCUUAUUCCUCAUCUGCCCUCCUGAAUCUGGUUUCUUAUUUCGACCAUAGCACAGCUUCACCGAUGCCAUUUAAACUUUCCUCGUUGGAGAGCUGAGCACAUCCCACUAAGCCAGAAAGAAACGGCGAACUCAUUCUCCUUUUAACCCAGCGCCUUCGUUGUUCUCGAUCGUAGAGAAACGUAAAGUCGCCAUUUGUAGGAGAAUUUGCAGAAGAAAUGGAAUCAAAGGAGAGCGAUUUGAUGUUACUCAACCGGUUGUCAGAUGUGUAGGCGCAUUUCUGCUUUAUAUUGUCGGCUCUUCCGAAACUGCUUCGAUCCUAUUUAGCUGGCAUAUCGGGGCACCUCUUUGGUUUCGUAUAUACGAUUACUGGUCUUUAUGAGGGCAGUGGAGUGAUAUGCUUUCCUCUUCAAUGGCUGCUCUCUUUGGGAUAAGCUUCUUGGUUGCUUCUAGUCUAUUUCAUUGGGGGUACCCAAGGAUUUUCUUGUGUUCCCUUGUCUGCUAAAUACAAUGCCAUCUCCACCUUGGAAGAAAAAGAAGGAGAAAAAAAGAAAAGGAAAACUGAACCACUAUCUGGUUUGUGCUUUCUGAGCUUGGAAGUCGGUUAUCUUGGUGGGGUAUGGGUUAUCAGAAGCCACAUAAACAGCGAUAAAUAUCUCACGGAACUGAUCUCUGGAAGAACCGCGAGCCCAAGGUCCUUGGGUUGAUGACCCUAAUCAUAUCUUCUUUUUCUUUCUCUCUGCAGCAGGUCAAUCGAGCAUUAUUUUGUCUUCCUAUCCUAAUUUCUCCUAUUCAGAUAUGCAGGAUUCUCAUGACAAAUGCUAAUCCCCAAACCUGUCGAUUUCUGGCUCAGCUAAUGAUCAUGUGUGUGUUGUGUUAAAAAAAAAAAAAGAAUUGACUGGGAAGAAGGGGGAGAUGUCGAUUGACAGGGAAUCAAUUUAUUCUAGAUAUGGGUUUGUUCUCGUGCCACAUAGUUGUUCAUCUAAAUACUCUUAUCUGAUUUAAUAACUCGUGUCGAUAAAGUUGUAGCCUUCAUUCUGCCUCAGCCAACUGAACUUGCUCUGAGUUAGAUGCAGUGCAUUCGGAGUCCAUGCAGUUUUUUCAUGAUCAGGGCUGACUAGUUUUUGAUUGCAUUAGAAAAGGAUGGAUACAGAUCUGGAUAGGAAAGAAGUAGGACUGGAUCAGCUGGUUUUCUGCUAACAGUACUGAUGUUGACAGAGCGAUUCUUGUGCCCAGGCCAGAAGAUGUAGACUAGGGUUGUCUACUGAACCUUUAGUUUUCCUCCUUUUUAUCGAAAAUUGGUAAAAAUAAAGAACGAAGAGGUUUUCUGGAGGCACGUUUGUGUGCGGAAAGAUAUUUUGUAAAUCUGAAUUGGAAGGAUUUUGUGGUUGCUUCAUCUUUGUGAGUCAUAUAUAUGCGUCCUUUUUGUGUAUGCCAAUUAUUGUGAUGGCACUGAUAUAUCAGACCACGGUGCAUUGAAGGACGUUGAUUCAGAAACUGAUGUAUCAGAAGCAAGCAAAAAAAACAGAUAUGGGAGCUGAAGGAGUGCUCAUGUGAAGAGAGAAAAUGCCAAUUCCCCAUGGUCAAAUGCGUAGAUCGAACUUAGGCUGAUCUCUAUUUCUGCGUUAGAAGCUUGCUAGUUUUUUUUCUUUUUGGUUUCCCGUGAGCUGGACGUAUCCCUCUCUCUUGGAAAACUUCAAGGCAUAGUACUUCCAGGCUCCUUUCCUAUGAGGUGUACCAUUUCUAUGGUCUAUCUUAGAUUAUCUGCAACCAGUGAAUGGAUGUCUACGCAAGGCGCCAUUUUCAACUUUCUGGCGUGUAGAAGCUUUUCAGCCUGCUUCACUCGUAGAUUCCAUAUCUUUGUCGCGGUUUAUGCCCAGUCUGUGUUCAUUAGUUUUCAUGUGUGUUCCUUGUGAAGAUAUGUACUUGAAAACCAGUUGUUGACCUGAACUUCUUCUGGCUGGACCAGGUCGUGGAGUUGUGGACGAAGAGGAAUUUCAGGUGUGAUUGUGGAAACUCAAAGUUUGGGGGUUUCUCCUGCAAACUUUCUCCGAACAAGGACCCAGAGAACAUUGGGAACUCGUACAACCACAACUUCAAGGGCUCCUACUGCAUAUGCGGCCGGCCCUACCCCGACCCGGAGGCGGAAGAGCAGGUUGAAAUGAUACAAUGCUGCAUCUGCGAGGACUGGUUCCACGAGAACCACCUCGGUCUCUGCUCUUCAGGAGAGGUUUCCUCCUCCCACUCCCUCGAAACCCUGCCAUUUUCCUUUUAUACACAUACAUAUAUAUAUAUAUAUAUGUAGGUACCGUAAAUUGCUUCUAUGAUGAGAGGGCUACUUCUGAAACUCUCUCAAAUUGACCCCAUGCUCCUGCUAGAUAUCAAUGGAAGUCCUUUCUGUAGAGUUUUGUGUGCGUGAUUAGAUCUGCUUCUAUGUUGAGCUCAUGCAAGUGUGCAUUUGCAUCCUCUUGUCGGGCUUUCUUUAAUUGGCAACUCCUUUUUUCCCGCAGGUCCCCAGAGAUGAAGAAGGAGAGCCCUUGUAUGACGAGUUUAUCUGCCAGAAUUGCUCUGUGCCUUGUUCUUUCUUGAAUCUGUACCCUGCCUCCAUCUGGGCACCGUCUAGGGUACAGGCACCAGUGAGAUCUGAGGUGAACGGUGAUGGGCCAAGGGUGAAUGAUGAUGCUUUUCAGGGUGAGAAGUCGGGAAAGGAAAUGGGCCCGGACAAGGGUAGUGUUGAGGGAAAAGGGUCGUGUACGGAGUGUGUUCUUGGAGUCAACUUGGAUGAGACGUCCCUGAGCGAGGAGAAGAAGCCCAUGUUUCUGUCCAAAAAGUGGAGAAAUGCCCUCUGCGAAUGUAGGGCCUGCAGUGAGUUCUACGCCAAGAAAGGCAUCAGCCAUCUUAUUGACAGGGAGGACUCCCUUGAGGAGUAUGAGAAUAUUGCGAAGAGGAAGAGGCAGGAGAAGAUGCAGGAGCAAGAGGGAGCCGAGUUGAACUUCCUCAACACCCUGAAUCACGUCCAGAAGAUUGAAAUCCUCAAUGGCAUUACGGACAUGAAGAAUGAGCUCCAGUCCUUCAUGGUAUUUUCUCUCUGCUCUGUUCUGCUGCAGUUCAUGCCGAAUGGUCACUCGAUGAUCUGAAAAUGUUCCUAUAUAUUCUUCCCAGUAUCUCUGACGUGAUGCAUCCACUGGAAAAGCCUGUCUUUUUUAUCAGGAUCUCAUGGGGGCUACUUGCUUUCUUGUCCAGGAAUCCUUCGAUCCGUCGAAACCGAUCACGUCCGCUGAUGUGCAGGGGAUAUUCGAGAACCUUGCCAAGAAAAGGCAGCGACUACUGUAA